GGGGCUUCCGAGAGGACCGUUGGGCUGCCAUGUCGGUGUGCGGCAUCUGCGGACAGGUGCUGCCCUCGGAAGCGGCGGCGCGGCGUCACGUGAAUCGCGCCCACCCGGACCGGCAGCCUCGCUGCCCGCUCUGCAGCGCCGCCGCCUCGGGCUACGAGGAGCUGCGCCAGCACGUGGAGGCCGCCCACCCAGAGCCCCAGCCGCUGCCCCGCGCCCGCAGCCCCGAGCUCGAGUGCCCCUUCUGCGGGGAGGUGGCGGGGCGCCAGCUGGAGGCGCACGUCAGGGCGCGACACGAGCGGCUGCUGGGCGCAGACACCGAGAAUGUUGAACAGCUAUAUGAAUGUCCAAUAUGUGGUCUUACCUGUACAGACAUUCGGAUUCUUGAGGAACAUGUGGAUUUACACUUAGAGGAACACAGCUUUCCAGAAGGUGGAAGCAGUGGAGAUUUAGAACUGGCUCAACAGCUUCAAAGUGAAGAAGAUAAACAGCAGAGACUUGAAGAAGAGAAGCGAGAAAAGGAAGAAUUUAAAAAGCUACAGAGACAGUAUGGUUUGGAUAGUUCCGGAGGAUACAAGAAACAAUUCCUAAAUAAUAUGGAAAGAGAAGUUAAUAGAGGAAGGAUGCAGCCCUUUGAAUAUCACAAGAGAAAAGCUGACAUGAUGGAAUGUUUGGCUUUUGGUAUAGAUGAUGGGAAAACAAAAACCUCAGGAAUCACUGAGGCAUUGUGCAAGUACUACCAGAAUGAAAAUAAAGAUGUGAGACGUGUAUGGCUUUCAGCCGGAGUAGAUCACUUCCACUCAUCUUUGGGUGACAAAGGCUGGGGUUGUGGUUACAGGAACUUCCAAAUGCUCCUUUCCUCACUCUUGCAAAACAGCUUGUAUAAUGACUGCUUGAGAGAUAUUGCACUAAUUCCUAGCAUACCGAAGAUUCAGUCCAUGAUCGAAGAUGCUUGGAAAGAAGGCUUUGAUCCUCAUGGGGCAUCUCACUUCAACAACAGAUUAUGUGGUUCCAAGGCAUGGAUAGGAGCAUGUGAAAUUUAUUCACUGUUAACCAGUCUCAGGAUAAAGUGCCAAAUAAUUGACUUUCACAAACCAACUGGUCCCACGGGUACACACCCUCGUUUAUUUGAGUGGAUUUUACGUUACUAUUCUACAGAUAAUGAAGGUGCUGCAAAGGUAGUGUGCACUUCCAGGCCACCUGUCUACUUGCAACAUCAAGGUCAUAGCCGUACUGUUGUAGGCAUAGAAGAAAAGAAGAAUAAAGCCUUAUGUUUGCUACUAUUUGAUCCUGGAUGUCCUUCUCAAGAAAUGCAGAAACUGCUAAAACUAAGCAGCGAUGGCACUAGUCUCAAACUACUUCGAAAGUUUAUGGGUAGCUUAAAAGAAAAGCAAUACCAGAUAGUUACUGUAGAUGGCGUCCUGACGUUGGAAGAGAAAACUGCUCGCUGUCUGGCUUCUCGGGUCUUAACAUCAGAGAAGAUUCCCUAAAGGACAUCUUAUCUACCUCUUUCUGGGAUCUGCUGGAUGCAAAACAUUGAACUACUGGACUGUGACUAACUUAAGUGUAAAAAUUGUUAAGUUAUGUCUAGGGGCUUGGAGAAGCACGACAUCAGACUUAAGGCUGUAGUUUUAAUCUUCAGUCAAAACACUUCCCUCCAGGUGAAAUGUAACCCUUCAGUAUUAGCUUCUUAGGCUAGCAGAAAAUUGGGUAUUUUCCUGGUUGCUUAAAUUACAAAGUAACACCCACUGCCCUGUAGAAAGCUAUGCACUAUAGUUAAUAAUCAAUAAGCAGUGGAUACUGUGAAACUUUUUUUGAGUGCCUGGUCAACUUUAUCUCUGUAAGUACAUUUAUACUUGCUCUAUGAUUAAUGUUCCAUCUCUUGUAAAAUCUGACCAACAUAUAUCUUUUAUAUCUCAGCAACUAUUUAUGAAGUACAGAAGCAAUUCAGUGUUUUCACCUGGCAUGAUCUAUUCCAGCUGGGAUUCAUUUACUACUGCAUUUCUUUUUUAUUGUCUGCCUUCUCUUGUCCCUUGCUAACAAAAAUAUGCUUAUGAGGUGGGUCACUGUUAGCAUGGGGAUGCAGUGGUGUACAAAGUGGGGAUUGUUUGCUCCAGGGAUGGGUAUGAGACAAACUAUUGGGGUGUGGAAAGAAAAUAUUUUCUUUGUAUUGUGAAUAAAUUUUUUUUAUUAA